AUGAUACACCCCGGUUACAUCGAAGUUCAAUUGCAUCCAGAACCUAAAUCAGAGACAACCCCGAAAACAGAGAACGAGCCCCUACCUGGUCCCUCCCACGUGGUAUCUGCUAUUGCCACCACCGAGACUCUGGCUGCCGACAAUAAUGCUCACGUAGCAGUAUCCAGCGCAGCUGUAGAAGAAAACAAAAUGAGUGUACUUCUUUCUACCGUGGUUCUAAUAAUCGUAGAUGCAUAUGGACAAGAGCACUUGGCUCGAGCCCUGUUGGACACAGGGUCGCAGCCGAACGCAAUCAUCAACGUCCCCAUAACGGGUGUAGACGGCACCCUCACCAACGCUAAAUAUCAGGUGACAACUGAGCUCCGAUCCAGAGUGAAUGAUUUCAAGCAGCGAAUGAAUUUUCUCGUCCUGCGAAAAGUUACCAGCGAUACCCCAGCAGUUUCAUAUUCUACUACCCAUUGGAAAAUUCCGGAAUCAGUUUUGUUAGCCGAUCCUGAGUUUAACAUUUCUCGAAGAAUCGACCUCAUAAUUGGCGCAGGUCAUUUCUACACUCUUUUGCUAGAUGGACGAAUCCGCUUGGCCCAGAAUCUUCCCAUGCUGGUCGAAACGGUCUUUGGAUGGAUCGUCACUGGUCAAAUGAAGCACGAUGAAUCAAGAGAAGCAGUAACUUGUCAUGUAGCUUUAGCUCCGUCGAUCGAAGAUCAACUACAACGUUUGUGGAAACUUGAGGAUGUGACCGGAACGAAUAAUUCGGCAGAUGAGCAGCACCCUCCUCAACGAUUCGAUUCGUCAGAACAAAAUCAAGGAAGACACCCAGAUCUCAAAUUGCAGUACCCUAAUAUUAUCGAAGAAUACACCGUCGCGAAGAAGGACAGUUCAUCGACUAAAGAUCGAAUCAUAUUUGAAGGCUCACUGAAGAUUGCUUAG